GCGCUGAGGGUGGCCAAGCGGUUGCGGCUGGUGGCGGAGCUACCGGGACUUGAUUUUACUCGUUCUGCAUUUGUUGCAAAAAAAAAUAUUUAUGACCAACCAAACUGGUUUGGAGUUGGCCUGGCUUUUAGCACUACUGCUGCCUUGUGGGCUCUUCUUUUCAAGCAGCAUAAUGAAGAUGUAAUGGAAUAUGAAAGAAGAAAAGCAGAGAGAGAGCAUAAGUGUACAGGAUGUUCGUAGCUGACCGUAUGCUCAGUAAGAAAUAACAACUAUCAGUUGUGCUACAAAUAAAUGAGCACAGCAGAAGGGUGAAAUAUCUAAAUACUUCUGUGUUCCUGCAUUUCAUGUGUAGAAUUGUGAAAUAAAUUACAAAGUCUGGAAGCAGCUUA